AACUAAAAAAAACACACCAUAAAUUCCUUUGAUUCCCAUCCCCCACCCCCCUUCUAUCUAUAAAGAGCAGCUCCUUCACAUGUUACUUCCCAUAACACACACACACAAUCCUAUUCCUUAAACCCCUCUCCCUCUCUCUCUCUCAUAUAUCAACUUCACACUUGCUAAAGAACCAUGAAGGAAGGAGGGGAGAGGAGAUAUGCACUCCUCCUCGCCGCAAAGGACUCCGAAUAUGUGACGAAGAUGUACGACGGCUACUACAACGUCUUCGUGCAAGCCUUCGGGGACGAGGGCGAGAGGUGGGACUUGUUCAGGGUGGUGGAAGGGGAGUUCCCGAGCGCCGAAGAUCUCGAAGCCUACGAUGGCUUCGUGAUCAGCGGUAGCCCUCACGACGCGUACGGCGACGACGGUUGGAUCUUGCGGCUUUGCUUCCUUGUGCAAACCUUGGAUGCAAUGCAAAAGAGAGUGCUAGGAAUUUGCUUUGGACACCAAGUUUUAUGCCGAGCUUUAGGCGGUCGGGUCGGGAAGGCGAAUGGAGGGUGGGAUGUUAGUAUAAGGAAGGUGAUGAUAAUGGAGGAUUUGCUUCAAUGCUCAUCAACUUUUGGUGCACUUGAAGAUAUACCUCAAUGUGCCAUGAUCAUUGAGUGCCAUCAAGAUGAGGUGUGGGAGGUUCCAUUCGGCGCGAAGGUGCUCGCGUACUCGGAGAAAACAGGCGUAGAGAUGUUUUGCAUCGGAGAACACAUACUGGGCAUUCAAGGCCACCCCGAAUAUACGAAAGAUAUCUUGUACAAUCUCAUCGACCGUCUUGUUAACAACGAAUUGAUUGGAAGGGAAUUUUCUGAGGAUGCUAAAGCACAGGUGGAAGCAGUUGAACCUGAUACUAAGUUCUGGGAGUUGUUGUGCAAAUGCUUCCUCAAGAGGAGAUAGGAGAGAGAGAAAGAGAGAGAGAGAGAGAGAGAGAGAGAGAGAGAGAAUAUGUACCUUUUUUUUUUUUAAUUUGCACUAAUGUUAAUGCUUCCCAAAGUAUUAACAAGAUACCAUAGUUAUCUCUUGUGCCAUGCAUGUUAACAUUUUCAAGUUUCUCAUAAUUAAUAUAAAUCACUAAUUUGGGUCAAUUUCAAAUUUGCUUUUCUUAA